AUGCAUAUUCAUCGCCAUCAUCGUUCGUUACUUAACCCAUCAUUUCAACAACAGGAAAAUAAUGGUAUUGUUCAACUACCAAUCCAGCAACCUGAUACAACACAUAUUUAUCCAACUACAAUAGAUUAUACUGAUGAAAAUGUAAUUUAUUCUGAUAUCGAUCAUGAUAUUCUUGGAAAUCAAUCAAAUAUGUCAUCAACACAAGUUUCUUAUGACGAUAACAAAGUCGACAUUAUCGCAGUGCAACAACUAUACUCACGCUUUUUAUUAGAGAUGAGAGAACAACAUAUUUUACCACAACUAGUAAUUCAAUCAAUUACGACAUAUAUUGUAAAUUUACUUGAUAUCGUAGUGGAACUUAUAGAAGAGCAAGCGAAAAGAGGUAACAUGAUUCAACAACAGUCAGCUUCAACAAGUAUUUCAGUUGAUGAUGUGCGCUCAACUGUAAAUCAAAUAGAAAAAUCAAUUAUUCUUUCAACAAGAAACGAAUACCAGUUUUUACAAUCUUGUCAAAAGUAUUUUAACUAUUCGCCACCUACACAAAAUAUUAUUUCAUCAAAUCAAUCAGCAAAAGAAUUUUCAUAUCAUGUAUCUAUUAAACAAACAAUAAGAACAAUUUUAUAA